UAUUUUAUGUCUUAGCUACUACUGCGCCCCUGCAAACUUAGCUAGCAGAUAUCUUCACUCUACUGCGGCAUUUUUCUGCACCUGUCGGUUCCUCUCAGAAAAUGAGCCACAAGCCAGACGACGACUAUGACUACCUCUUCAAGGUGGUGCUGAUUGGUGAUUCGGGCGUCGGCAAGUCCAAUCUGCUCUCCCGUUUCACGAGGAAUGAGUUCAGCCUCGAGUCCAAGUCUACCAUUGGCGUGGAGUUCGCGACUCGCAGCAUUCAGGUCGACGGCAAGACCAUCAAGGCGCAAAUUUGGGACACUGCAGGCCAGGAGCGCUACCGCGCCAUUACGAGCGCAUACUACCGUGGCGCUGUCGGAGCCCUGCUGGUCUAUGAUAUCACGAAGUCGGUAACAUUUGAGAACGUGGAGCGGUGGCUAAAGGAGCUGCGCGACCACGCAGACUCCAACAUUGUGAUCAUGCUGGUCGGCAACAAGAGCGAUCUGAAGCACCUGCGUGACGUGCAGACGGAGGUGGCACAGGCUUUCUGCGAGCGCGAGGGGCUGUCGUUCAUUGAGACGUCGGCGCUGGAGUCCACAAACGUGGAGAAGGCGUUCCAGCAAAUCCUGACGGAGAUCUACCACAUCGUCAGCAAGAAGGUGCUGGACAGCGAAGACAACCGGCCAAAGAUUGGCGAGGGUCGCGAUGUUAUCGUGAUCGACAACGCGCACGACGACGGAGGCAAGAAGAAGGGCGGGUGCUGCAGCUAAAGCGUGUGCAGCUGGGCGGCACUGGGCCUGGGCGCUGGUGGGAGGCUUGAUGGGGUGGUGGCUGGGCAGGAGCACCAGCGAAGUAGUGGAGCUAGGGGAGCGGUGUGUGCACGUCUUUCGUAUUGGGUCCUGAGGGUAGGUGCGAGUGGUGCGUUAUCGGAAGAGGAUGUGGAUUACAGAGGAAUGCAGUCGCUUUUUACGGGCGGUUGUACAGAUUGAAUAGCUGACUGCAGCGCUCUGGGCCUAACUUAUGACAACUGCACAAUGACAUGCUGCUUCUGACUUCGUGACGUCGAGGAUGACGCAGACUUACCAUGACCGCAGACGGUGUGACUCGGCCGUGCCGCAGAGGCAGCCGGGCCGCCGGUGAGGGCUACAGAUGUUGCGAGAGCGUACCCGAAUGUUUGCUAGGGAAUGCAAAUGCCAGAGCGUACGCAUCAGGCACGUGCAGUUGCGUAUUGUAAGGGCACAAGAAA